AUGUCUGACUGUAAGGCUGUAGUCACGCCGUUAAAUGCCGUAUUCCAAGUAAGCUGUGAUGACGCGAAGUGCAGACGUGUGAAUAAAAGGGAGUACCAGUCGCUGAUCGGGGCAUUGAUGUAUUUAGCUAUCUCUACCCGACCGGAUAUUCUACACUCGGUUUGUAAACUUUCGCAAAAGAACAGCGAUCCACAUUCUGAGCAUGAAGCUAAACACGUACUACGCUACUUGAAGGGUACGAUCGAUUUAAAACUACGCUACCACAGAUUGGGCCACCCUAUUGAAUGCUACGUCGACGCUGAUUGGGGUGCUGAUGUUGGCGACAGAAAAUCUUAUACAGACAGUGCGUUUUAUGCAGCGGGCGCAGUAUUCUCAUGGAAAUCGAAAAAACAAAACGUCGUUGCCCUUAGCAGCACCGAAGCCGAAUAUGUUGCGCUUUCCACAGCUGCAAAGGAGGUUAUAUAUAUAAGAAAGCUUUUACAUGAAAUGGGUUUCCCUAUUAAGGGGCCUUCUUUAAUCAAUAGCGACAAUCAAAGUGCGUUACAUCUAGUAAAAACCCUGUUUACCAUGCUCGAAGUAAGCAUAUAG